AUGAGCUACUGUCUUGCCAAAUUUAAGCUAGAGCAAGAUCGGCCUCUAGGGUUUUCGCAGCAGUUUCAUCAGCCUCCAUCUACCAAAGCAUUAGGAAUUGAGAAGGUUGGAGCUGGAACGCGGAUUAUUCUCUUCCUGUUAGUCAUGGAUGGUUUACUGAAUGAAGCCCUACAGUCGAUGUCCUUGGAUGACGACAAACCGAUUGAUCUACCGGACGAUGAAGAUUACAGUGCGGUGCAGGUAAACGCCAAGAGUCUGAUUAGCCGGCUCCUCAAUCCGGAAUGUAAAAAUAUGGCGAGGAUGCUGAAAACGAUGCCACGAAUCUGGAAGGUUUAUGAUAGGGUGCGUGGCAUAGCCCUAUCCAAAGAAAGUAUUCAGUUUAUCUUUGAAAGUGAGACGGACAUGGAGACAGUAAUGAAGGAUGGUAUAUGGUCCUUUGAUGACUGGAGUAUGAUUAUGGAAAGAUGGGUAGAAAAUUCUCCACUUAAGUUUUUGAAGAUGGCGCCGAUAUGGAUUAGGAUUCGAAAAAUUCCUCUGAAUUUUUGCACUCUAAAGACCAUUGAUGCUGUAGCGGAUCGGGUGGGCCAAGUGAAAGAAAUACUUUUUGACCCUGAAAAGACUAGAUUCCAGGAAUUUGUUCGGGUUCUGGUCGUCAUCGAUGUAGAACAACCUCUUCGAGACACAAAGACAAUUAAUUUAUCCAGAGCAGCAGGAAGCGCUGUAGUGGAUAUUGAGUAUGAGAAAAUCCGGAAGAAAUGCUUUCACUGUUUUCGCCUAACCCAUGAGAAGCAGAAAUGUCCACUUUUCCUGAGUCAGAAGAAACGACCUGAAAGAGUGGAGAAUCAGAGGAUAGAGACGAGGAUCAACAGUGAUACUCCUGGACACAAAACGCAGCAACAUCACACUGAUUUGGUGGACAAAAUCAUGCCCAUGUUAGCUCCAUCGAUUCCUCCAGGGUUUGAACCCCGUCCGAAUAUGGUCGUCCCAGAGGUUUUUGAAGAAAUGAGACUCUAUAUGAAUUGUCUUGACCCUGCAGAAAAGGCAAUUCGGGAGCACAGGAUGAGAGUAGCACUAGAUGACUUAUCCAAAAACCCUGUAGCUCAACGAUCCAUCCUUAGAUUUGAACCUCCACCACGUAUCUCUGCUGAGCUUGAUAAGGGUAUUGGUAAAGUUUUUGAUUAUAGGAAUGUGGAGAUGGCUCAGGCGGAGGAAAGAAUGGGUAAGCGACAGUCGGAAUCGCUAGUGAGUCAGAGUGAGGCAGUAGAGAAAGGAAAGCCCAAUCCAAGCUUGGAACCAGUCAACGCAGUCGGACUGGAGGUGGAGAAUAUUACUCUAUGGGUGAAGUGGGCGCAAAGCAAAGGAUCAAUUCAGCAAGUCCGCUCGUAA